ACGUUACAAACAAUUCACACAAGACGAAUAAACCAUACCCUGACGCAAGCAAAAUGGUCCUCAUCUCCAACAUCUUGACCCUCCUGGUCACGGCAGCCAGCGGCUACGCCGUGUACUUCUCGGCUCAGUCCAUCCCAAAGCUUCAAAAGUAUGAGCAGACAGCCGAGAAGGCUGCCGAAUGGAGCAGCACCGCCAAGAAGCAGCUCUGGGAUACCCGCUACACCGUCGGCGCCGGCUUCAUCUUUUCCCUCUUCUCACUCUACAACGGCCUGAGCUUCGUGCUCUUCACCUCUAGCAAGCUUGUCUUCCGCAACACCGCCUGGGCUCUCGUCCCCGCCGCCGGCUCGUACGGUAUCAGCCUCUACAUGCGCUCGUACUGGAACAACAAGGCCAAGAUUCCCAUGCUCGAGGAGUACAAUCGCGCCAUUGAGGAUUCGACCCAGGUCUCCAAGGCACUGGAUGUCCUUGUUCUGGGCUGGUUGGUCGUGGCCCCGCUGAAGCUCUUUGGCGUCUAGACGUCUACGUGUGUCAAUUACCUGACGCCUCCUUGCGACAUCGAGGAUCCUGUAGCACGAGACACAAGCCUAAGCCUCUUUUCUCAUCAUAGCCGAACAACGAAUGUUAUAGAUAAUGAUGCAAGGAACAUGAGCACUCCCCUCC